CCGCCGCCGCCUCAUCCCCGGGCGUGAGCGCUCUGGCCGCAUCGCCGCCGCCAGCGCAGGAGAGUCCCGGCUCCCAGCGGGGCUGGGCACGGCCGAGGGGUGACCUGGGGGACGGUGGGACCAGCUCCAGCUCCUCCGGCACCGCGUGUCCGGGAGGGGAUUCUUGAGAAGACGUUUUAUAUAUUCUCUUUUUCCGCUUUCGGAACCUCUGUUCAGGCUCCUGUGGCAGCCUGGCGAGGUGGGGCUUGUUCCUCUUCUGAGGCUUUUCCAUUGAUACCUCUCCAUCUUCUAUUGGAGGGGAAAUCGUCGCUUUUCUAUAGGUACAUUUUUUUCAUCCCUUGCACGAAACCCUAUUUUCGGCAGCAUCCACCUGCGGUGAAGCUUUGGAGCGACAACCAGCAUCAGUGACCCUCAUGAUGUGGACCUUUCUGGGUAUCGCCUCCUUCAUUUACGUGUAUAAAAAGUGUGGAGACCUCAUGAGUUACGCUAAUAAGGAGGUGCUGCUCUCCGUGCUGGUGUUUUUCUCGCUCGGCUUGGUGCUGUCCUACAGGUACCACUUCAGGGGGCCCAGGCAGCGGCAGCAGCAGAAGCAGAAGUCGCACCUGGGGGUGCUCUCUGAUGUGCUCUCAGCAUUGCCGCUGGUUGGCUUCUUCUGGGCCAAACCCACCCCGGGAUCUCAGCAAGUUGAACAACCCAAAUCCAGAAAGGGUAAAAGAGAAGUGAACUUCUCGGAUGUGUAUCUGACAGAGACUGCUCCAAAUACAACAUCAUCCGUCCAAUAUGAUCCAGAAAUCAUCAUUGUGGGAUCAGGUGUCCUUGGUUCUUCCUUGGCCACAGUGCUUUCAAGAGAUGGAAGGAAGGUGACUGUGAUAGAGAGGGAUCUGAAAGAACCUGACAGGAUAGUUGGAGAAUUGCUGCAGCCAGGAGGAUUUAAUGCUCUUCGGGACUUGGGUCUUGAAGAUACAGUUGAAGGUAUUGAUUCACAAAUAGUAAAUGGUUACAUAAUUCAUGACCUAGAGAGCAAGUUGGAGGUUGAGAUUCCUUAUCCAACAUCUGAAGAUGGACGUGUGGUCAGUGGAAGAUCUUUUCAUCAUGGCCAGUUUAUCAUGGGUCUCCGAAGGGCAGCUAUGGCAGAGCCCAAUGCAAAAUUCAUUGAAGGGACUGUGUUACAGUUACUUGAAGAAGACGACUGUAUUGUGGGUGUUCAGUACAAGGACAAAGAAACUGGAGAUACUAAGGAACUUCAUGCUCCACUUACAGUUGUAGCUGAUGGACUUUUCUCCAAAUUCAGAAAAAACUUGAUAUCCAACAAAGUUACUGUUUCAUCUCAUUUUGUUGGUUGCAUUUUGAAGGAUGCAUCACAGUUUAAAGCUAAUUAUGCUGAACUUGUUUUAGCUAAAACAAGUCCAGUGCUAAUCUAUAAGAUUUCUUCAACUGAAACUCGGGUCCUUGUUGAUAUUCGAGGGGAAAUGCCAAAAAAUUUAAAAGAGUACAUGAUUGAGACCAUUCAUCCACAACUACCUGAUCACUUAAAGGAACCAUUCUUAAUAGCAGUUCAGAAUGAUCGUUUAAGGACUAUGCCAGCCAGCUUCUUGCCCCCUUCAGCUGUAAACAAGAAAGGUGUUCUUCUUUUAGGAGAUGCAUAUAAUAUAAGACACCCUCUAACUGGAGGAGGAAUGAGUGUUAUUUUAAAUGAUGUUAAAAUAUGGAGAAAUUUGCUCCAGGAUAUUCCAGACCUUUAUGAAGAUUCUGAUGUUCUUAAGGCAAAAAGAACAUUUUACUGGUCAAGAAAAAAAUCUCAUUCUUUCGUAGUGAAUGUUCUUGCCCAGGCACUUUAUGAACUCUUUGCUGCCACAGAUGAUUCCUUGCAUCAGCUAAAGAAGGCCUGUUUCCAUUACUUCAGACUUGGAGGAGAAUGUGUCUCAGGUCCUGUUGGAUUGCUGUCAGUGUUAUCUCCCAAACCAAUGGUACUGAUUGGCCACUUCUUUGCUGUGGCCUUGUAUGCUGUUUAUUUUUGCUUUAAGUCAGAGUCCUGGAUCACCACGCCUCGAGCAAUUUUCAGUAGUGGAGCUAUUCUUUACCGGAGCUGCUCUAUAAUAUUUCCACUUAUUUACUCUGAAAUGAAGUAUUUAGUCUAUUAAAAUCCAUGGGAAAAUGACUGGAGGAAGAAAGCAUGAAAAUCACAAUGCCUUCAAAAAUCUUUGGACAUAUACUAUUUAAUAUUGUAUUAUGUUGUCCUCAAAAUGCAAUUUCCUUGAUAAGGUUUUAACUUAAUUUUGAUUUUGUGGUUAUAUACAUAUAUAUUAUAUGUAAAUAUUCUUUUCUUUGCAAUUUAAGUUCAAAAAGGAGGUAGCUGUUUACAAGAUCCAUAAUUAAGUGUUGACGUGGUAGAUAAUUGCCAGUUUUGACAGAAUUUCUUUCCUUGCUUUAUGCAUUGCUGAGUGCACCACUAAUAUUAAUAAAUUGAGAAGUGAAAACUGUAAAUCAUAUGCUGCUAUUAUCCUUCAUGCUUUUUUCUGUUCAGUAGCUCCAUAGACUUUAUUACUGUGAAAUAUUGUAACAUUCUUGAUCUGGUUGUUUCAUUAGGAUUUGCAUCUGUUCUGUUUCAGUUGCAGCUAAGAUACUGGUCUGUUGACACUUAAAAGGACACUGUAAAGGAUGUCAGAUCUUGAUGUGUCACUAUAUCUUUAAUUUCAGUUACUGUUGCAAGUGCCAUGUUGCUCUUCUGAAUUCCUUCUUUACACCAGAAUUCAUUUUAACAAGUAAUAACCAAACCUUUGCUUUAUUGGCUACUGCAAUGCACUCAGGUAGUGAAAGCACAUGUUUUUGAAAAUAUAUUCCUCUCUCAUUUCCUUUUAAAACCUUGAAUGUUUGGGGUUGUUUUGCUUGGUGUGUGUGCAACUGAAGUUUAACACUGCCAUGAACUGAAGCACAGCAACAAACUGUAUCCACUGAAACAAAUUAAGUCCAGGCUAUUUCCAGUAGACAGUACAGUAAUCUUUAUUAUUACUUCUGAAAAUUAAUGAAAAGCACCAUGAAAGUGUCCUUUUAAUACUUGGAGUGUGGUGGGAUUAUUUUUCCUGUAGGAAUUACUGCAUGCUACUAAAGAGUUCAUGUCUAUUCCUAUUGGUCACUAUUCCUCUCAAUGUUCUUAUUAUCGAUGUGAUUUCCUUUGCUCUUGUGCAUCUGCAUUUUCUCUACCUUUCUUAGGACUGGUUUGGGUGUCACUGUAGGGCUCUGCUCUUCUGGCUUGCCUAAACAAUCACAUGUGGGUGCAGGCAACAGUCUGGAGAGUAGAACAGGUUUUGUCCUUCUGUACUGGUGAAACUGUGACUCUGCCUUGAAAAUGACAGAUUGCAUAAGCUGUGUAUAAACCUACAUUUUAUCUUGGACUGUGAAAAAAAAUCUGUGGAGACACUUUAUUUAGUAUUUUAUUUGAUGGAUAUUUCAAAUGACCUUUUCUUUUCCAGAAGCAAAAGUAUGUAUAUUUUUCUAACCAUGAUCACUUUUGAUACCCUCUUGAAAUUACACUCAUCAUGAAUAUGUGUUGAAACUUUAGGGUAAAGUACUAAUAUUUUCAAAUAUCAUUAUAUAUGGUAACUAAAUUACACCCCUUUAAGGGUACACAAAGUUUGCAGAAUUUAUACAGGUGUUUCCAAAAUUUGUGACAAUUUUUAAAAUAUUAAUUUUACAUUUUUUAUUUUUUUAUAUUAUUUGCAGUCAGUCUCUUUAAAUUCAUGGAUAAAAAAUCCUGAGCCAAAUACACAUCCUCAGCAUACGUAAAUAAAAAGGUAUUAUAUCUGUAGAUUAUUUUUGUUGUGUGUCUCUGGUUCAAGAGUUUUGUUAAAUUCUGAUUUAUCUGCUUGAAUUUACAUAUAUAUCUAAGGAGUUUUUUUCCUUUCUUAUCCUGAAUUCAGUGCCUGGUUAAGUGUCUUGAUGAUUGGGAUAGCAGUCACUUAUUGGAAAUUGCUGGGGGAGACACAAAUGAUGUGUGUGUGUGUGUGUGUCUGUAAGAAGGGUCAACCUGAAAAUAUGACCACGAAAUGGCUACGUGCCUUGUCCUCAGGACAAGAGGAAGGACUUGCUUUGAAAUAUCAGAGUGGGAUUGUUGGGACACAGGGCAACACAGGAUUGGGCUUCUGGCUGAGAUUCCUGAUGAGCUGGUCUUUAGUAGGGUUGGCUGGGUGCCUACUCCAGCUGGUGGUGGCCCACCAGCUCUGCCCCAGAGAAGAACUGCAGGGCAGAAUUUCAAGCUGUGUUCUGUAGUCCCUGACUGCACUUAUUUUCUCAUGGAUGCAGAGGGAUGUUGGGUGGUGGAGGAGAAGUCAUGAAAAAAGCAGUUCUUGAGUCAACUGAGACUAAGACUAAAGCUGGCAGUGAGGGAGUAAUGUCCGUAGGUAAAAUGGCCACAUAUGGAAUCCAACAGCACCUAGUGCUAAGCCACAGCAUGCAGCAGAUGGUCUGUAAGAAUCCUGAUUUUCAUUCUCUACACCUAUAUCUUGCAAAUAACAUGUGAAGAAGGUUUUGUCACAGACAUUUGAUUAAGAAUCUAAGGGAAGCAGAAUGCAGGCAUAUUUUAUGUAACUUUUGAGAAGUCUAUGUUCUAACUCUGAAGAGGUUAAUUCAAAGGAUUUCUACACUGCAACAUUUAGUGGCAAUAAUGUACUGGUAGGUUAAGUUGUGGGCACAAGGAGAUACGACGUGUGUGAUGUGGUUAUCCCUCUGUUCCAGGACUGCUGCAGCUCAGCUGCUGGAGAGAGUAGAGGCAGGAAGAAAAGUAGCUACAUAGUGGUGAGUUUUUAGAUGUUCAUGUGGUGUAGUGCAGGAGUGUGAAAGCUUGCUAUAGUGGAAAGAGGAAAUUGCAUCAUUGGAAAAGACCAAGAUUAUCAAGUCCAAGCUUUUACUGAACACCACCAUGUCAACUAAACCACAGCACUAAAUGCUGUUCCCUGUUGUUUCUUGAGCACCUCAGGGGUAGUGAGUCCACACUUGCCUGAGGAGCCCAUUCCAAUGUAAAACCACCCUUCCAGUGAAGAAACUCUUUCUGAUGUACAACAUGAACUGUACCUGGCACAGCCUGAAGCCAUUUCCUCUUGCCCUGUUGCUGAUUGCUUGGGGAGGAGACAGACCCCAGCCUGGCUACAGCCUCCUUUCAGGCUGUUGAAGAGAGUGGUAAGGUCCCUCCUGAGUCUCCUUGUUUCCAGGCUAAACAACCCCUGCUCACUCAGCAGCUCCUGACAAGAUUUGUGCUCCAGCCUUUUCCCCAGCUCUAUUCUCCUUCUCUGGGCCCACUCCAGCACCUGGGUGUCCUUGCAGUGAGGACCCUGGGAUUGGACACAGGAUUCAGCUGUGCACUGCAGAAGGAGUAGAUGGGAAAGGUGUGUGGAGCAUGCUGCCUGUAGUGGCUUUUCCAUGUGCAAACUGUGCCUUUGCUACUUCAAAGGCUGCUCACAUCCCCUAAAACCUGUUGUUGUUUGCUGUAAUACUGUUGAUGCUCAUGGGUUGUUUUGUGGUAGUAGGUCAUUAAUUUAAUGCUGGAUCAUAGUCCUUGUACAUACUGCUUUCUGAAACCAGUUUGUGUAUUCUGGAUAAAAGUGAAAUCUGUUCAAUCCAGAAUAAAUAUGGGCAGUUGAUAAAUUA